CCUUCCUGCUUUGUGAGGCAGAGAUCAAGACUCCUCUGCUACGUGGAGGGGAGAACAUAAUUUUCAGGGCAGUUUCUCUCACUGAAGUAAAGCAGACCAAACAGAUCCGACACAGGUAAGCACUCCCCCACUGCUCACUCCACCCUCUUUCCUAAUGAGUUUCCUGCUUUUGUGGGACAGACCUAGAAGAGCUGCAAAAGAGUAGAAGGUACGCGAUCGUCUAGAAAUUGCUUUGGAUUCCAAACCUGGAAAAAUAAGGUUCCAGUUUCCCACGCAAAACUCGUACAACAGGAUCUUCCCAUCGUUUGCUACCUUCCCAUAUUCACUAGUUCCUGGCUUUUAGUUUCGAAAAAAAUCUGUUGUCUGCCUACAAGAAAACUCAAAAGGAGGAAGGGAGAAUUUUUACUGGUGUCCCAUCCUCAGUUCAGAAGGUGAAGGAGCAGGGACAAAAGAGCGUGUGCAAUUUUCCUUGUGAUGAAGAGCGAAGUUAAAACAUGACUGCUCCUACCUACCAAAACCUCUCUCUGUAACCUCAAAUCUGCAUCCUAGACUGCUCUGAGUUCUAUUAAGAAGCUAGACCUUUUUGGAUGAGCCUGGCAAUGUCUGUCCCCAUAACUGCUCAUCUCUUCUCAACUGUCUGCUACCACCAUCUAUACAACCAUGUGGUUGGAGACACACUGGAAGAACAUCCGCCAAGCCUUGUUGCUUCUUUUCACUGCUGCUCUUCUCAUUGGGGUCACCAUGCUGGCCAUUUCAUCUAACAUCAACCCAGUAGGCUAUUUCUUCCUAGGGGUAGGGGGAGUGUGUCUGAUCGGCUAUUUGCUGAGCGUGUUUGUCGAGUGUUACCUGAGGAAUCAGCACCGACAUGACACAAAUGAGAUACCUCCAAACAGGCAAAGCCAAGCAGGGGUGAACGCUGCCUAUGAAGCACCUACCUAUGAGGAGGUGAUGACGAUGUCGGUUCCAGCAAUAUGGACGAUUGCAUCCAAUCCAGGCUUAGUGCCCUCACCGCUGAAUGAGCCGCCUCCUUACAACGUAGUUAUUGAAUCAUCUGCCCAAGAAGAGAUUAUGGUGGAGCCUUUCAGGGUAUCAGUGGCAGCAGACACAAGGCACACCUCUGAGACGGACACAGGCUCCAGGAUGCAGCUGCAGCUGGUGCUGCCCCCAAGACUGCAGCGGUUCGUUUCGGACAUCCAUGAAGUGAAAGGUUUUGAAGACAGGCUUGAGCCACUGGAGCCACUCACUCCACCACCUGCUUAUGAGAGUGCCAUCAAUGACGAGGUCUUUGAAGAGGCUUUCCAGCCCUCCGUAUUAUGAUUAAUUUCACCUUCCACGAAUGCAGAACCAAAUCCUCAGCCCAGUACAGGAUGCUCCUAGAGGGAAGGUGAAAGAGCUGUGAUUUUUCACGCCUGAAACUGUAAAAGUUUGUCCCACCAUUCUUUGAACCAGAGCUGAACUACAGACACAGCUUCUGAAGUCACUAGAAUCUUUUUGCACAAAAUAUGAAUCAAUGCAAUACCACAAUGCCUUUUCUUGGCAGAUGCAUAAAAACACUGUGAGGAAAGUUGUGUUAUCUAUGGCAACAAUUCUCCAACUGGAGAUACACCUUUAUGGGGGAGGAGAGUGAAUCAUGAGAAGAGACAAAGUUGCCAAAGGACCUCUGAAGAAGGACUGUAGGAAGCAGCCAGGAGAAGCUGCCUGGGAAAGGGGAGGAACAGAAACAGCACUAAGUAGGUUCUGCCUGUGCAUUACAAACAGCAGUAUUGUUGAGAGCUGUGCAAUCAUCAGCCACCCUAAAAUCCCUAUGGAGAGACUGAGGCUGCAGUUCCCCGAGUUGUUGUUUUGCAGCAACACAAAUUUAUGGUCUGCGCUGUUUGUUGCUACCCCUCUGCUGCACUUGCUCCGCAUCCUCAGCUGUGCCGCACCGCAGUGUAACUGAGGUGAGGGUGGCUGUCUUCAUCUGGAAGCUGGCACCACCCGAUACCUGUCACUUGGGGUUGAAAAGCUGAUGGCAAGCAUGGCACCAUGAAAUGACUUCUAUUGUUCACAAGGUUCUCAUCCCACACAGCCUGCAGUGGUGGACAAGAGGGAGAUAAUAGCAGUUUUUCUCCCACAAGAGAGUCCGGCAGUGGAACACAUACACAUAUAUGUAUCCUCUGCCUGGACUGCCAGUCUGCGGAGCUCUACAGGAGGGUGUAUUUCUCUGCUGUACUACAUCCCCAAGCAUUGAUGGCUUGAGAUACGUUAUUGUCAUCCUGGCGAGUUCUCCAGUUCUCCGUAGCAACGCUGUGCAUGGAGGCUUCUCUCUGGGCUCUGGAAAGGGCCACUCUGUCUGACAUGGCCACAGCUGCAACGGAGGGCACCUGAGAAUCACCAUCCCGAGGCAUAUGCAUUCAUCAUCAUGACAGCUCUAGGCUGCAGCCAGGUUCUACCUCCACUGAUCACUGAUCAGUGAUGCUGUGUGGUCGUUUAAAAUGGGUGAGUUAAGCUGAUAGGCUCUGCAGCAUUAAAGUGGUCUGCAGUAUGCAAAGAGACAUUCGUGUCUGGUGAAUGUCCAAAUAAAAUAAAAAAAGAAAUAUGGUGGUCCAAAUCUCCUUAUGAAGGAGAGCAGCAAUCAUCACAGCCUUGUCUCAUAUGACUGCGUCAUCUUUAAUUCAUACGAGGAACCGUCAAACCAUAGGCUAGAAGCAAAUAAAUUAUUUCUGUUUGAUUCUUUAUAGUUCAAAUAAAAAAAAAAAGACCUUUUAUGUUGUUUAUAAAUAAACGGGACCGCAUUAAAAAGACCUGGUGGCAUCACUAGUUUUUUCUCCCCAAAGAAACACUCCAUAAAGCCGUGCUUUUGCUUGCGUUCUGCUUAUUUGAUAAUCUUGGCUUAGAAAACGGAGAGGCGUUCCAUUUCUAAAUCUACAGCUGAAUCACUUUAGUAUCAUUAACGAUGAAGCAGCUACGGUAUCUCUAUCAUAAAAGUAUUAUGAGAGAUAAAUUUGCUGAUAGAGGCAAUGUGAUUUCUUUAGUGGCAAUCACUUCUUGCACUUCCCUCCUGUGUCUGCAAACACAAAAGAACAAACCACAGUAAAAAGGAGUGCAGGUAUACAAUGCAGGAAUAGAAGCUUUGGGUCUAAACUGGGCAAACCAGGACCUUUCUGAGUCCACCGAAUCGCCAAGACCCGCGAAGAAAUUCAGGUGACCGGCACAGAUUAAAAAAAAGGCCAAAAAUGUCACCAGGUACGAUCGCUAGGAUUUCGCCUGCAGCACCCCGUAAGGGUUAUUCAAGCCUUUGGCCUUGUGUUAAGUUUUAGCAGGCGAAAACCACAGUGCACCGAGGAAGAACCCUGCGUGAGGAGAGCUGCGGGCCUCCUUCUGCCCAAAGGGUGCUCGCUGCCUCUUCCCUCCCC